AAGACUAAGAAAUCCACAAAAUUCCAAGAAGAUUCUUUUUUUUAUAUGUACUUCAACUACUUUUAUUAACCGUGUUACAGUUUUUUUUUAACUUUGGACCGAAAAACUACUCGUUUAUAUCUUUUUUUUUCUUUCCUCGUCUGACUUCUUGAAAGUAAAUUUUCCAUCAUGUUCCCAGAUACAAACAAAGGGUACAACUACGAGGACUGCCGGGCCACCGCCGACUGGCUGAUGGCCCAGACCGACAUCAGACCCAAGGUGGGCAUCGUGUGCGGCUCGGGCCUCGGAGGGCUCGCCGACAUGCUGAAGGAUCAGGUGGUCUUCAACUACAAGGACAUCCCCAACUUUCCUCAGAGCACAGUGCAUGGACACGCCGGGCGGCUGGUGUUCGGCACCUUGAAGGGAAGGCCGUGCGUCUGCAUGCAGGGCCGCUUCCACCUGUAUGAGGGCUAUCCCAUCCAGAAGAUCACAUUGCCAAUGCGCAUUUUCAAGCUGAUCGGCGUGGAGACGGUGAUGCUGACCAACGCCGCCGGCGGCCUCAACCAGGACUUCAAAGUGGGGGACAUCAUGAUCAUGAAGGAUCACAUCAACAUGCCCGGCUUCGCCGGCAACAACCCGCUGGCCGGGCCCAACGAAGAGCGGUUCGGCGUCCGCUUCCCCUGCAUGUCCGACGCGUACGACCGGGAGCUGCAGCAGCUCGCCAUGAACGUGGGGCUGGAGCUGGGCUACGGAGACUUCCUGAAGGAAGGCGUCUACUGCGUGCUGGGCGGCCCGUCCUUCGAGACCAUCGCCGAGUGCCGCAUGCUGCACCGGCUGGGCGCCGACGCAGUCGGCAUGAGCACGGUGCACGAGGUGAUCGUGGCGCGCCACUGCGGCAUGCGCGUCUUCGCCCUCUCGCUCAUCACCAACCAGUCGGUGAUGGACUACGACAGCGAGGAGAAGGCCAACCACGAGGAGGUGCUGCAGACGGGCAAGCAGCGGGCCCAGCAGCUGGAGCGGCUGGUCUCCACCAUGGUCACCCGGAUCGAGCACAACAACUACGCCUGAGCGGCGGCGGCGGCGGCGGAACUCAAGUCUUCCCUGACCUCAAGAACGCUUGGCGAGCGACAUACCAAAGAAUUUACGACUUAGUUUGAAUAGCUCGGGCUGAUUUUUAGUCGUAGAUGGCGCUGUAGGACUUUUAGUCGUCUGUUUGUAGAGUUUAAAUAAUACGCCACCUUUUUAUUUGUUUUGUUUUUUUUGUUUCCCCAUCGCAGCACCAGUGAUGAUGUACAUUCCUCCAGAAGAUAAAUUUGGCUUCUCGGUUCUUCUUUUGUAUUGUUUUUAAAGCCUUUUGUCCUAACUUAAAAUAUGCAAUCAUCUUUUGUAAAUGUCCGCCAUUUAACUUAAUGAGCACAAAUCCGCUGUAAAGAUCUUAAUGUUAUUGUUUGUUGUUGAAAUGUGUUUACCUGUGCAUUUAAGGUAUUUUGAUGUUUUUUUUUUUAAUACA